UUUAGUUUACCCAAUAAUUUAGGAUUUAUUUACAGAAUUCAACAAUUGUAUGUGCACUUUAGGUUGGAUUGAAAUACCAAGUAAUUAACCAGUCAGAAAUUAAUAAAGCUGAUAAUGCACGAAAUCUAAUUUACUAACAGAAAACAGUUACGGCUCUUCUCUCUCUUCUUUCUCUCUCUCUCUCCGAUUAUUCCAAUUGCCGCGCGCGUCAACUUUUCUCAUUCCCUCUUUCUUUCAUUUCAAAUUGCACCCUCUGAAAUUAAAACCCAAUAACCGCAUCUCACACCCAAAACACGCACCGCCAUAGCCAAAAAAAAUGGGGAGAAAGAAGAAGCAACAGCAGAAACUACCAGAACAAAACAAUCUGUUCAGAACCUUCGCAGACUUGAAGAACAAAACGAAUUGGGAUCAAUUUUUCAAAAUUAGAUGCACCGCCGAUUAUUUCGAGUGGUAUGCCGACUGGCCCCAACUCCAGAGUCUACUCACUCACCACCUCUCAUCUCUGCCAGUGUUACUGCCGGAAUCCGCCGUGGACGCGCCGCCGUCCGUACAACCGGCGGAUCUGAAUAUUUUGGUGCCGGGGUGUGGGAACUCGAAGCUUUCGGAGCAUCUGUACGAUGCUGGAUUCAAGCAGAUUACGAAUGUGGAUUUCUCAAAGGUGGUGAUUACUGAAAUGUCGAGGAGGAACACGGUAGAACGGCCGGAGAUGAAGUGGCAGGUUAUGGAUAUCACUGUUAUGCCGUUUGGAGAUAAGACCUUCGACGCGAUUAUCGACAAAGGAGGAUUGGAUGCAUUAAUGGUGCCUGAGCUUGGCUGUACACCAGGGAAUCAGUAUAUUUCUAAGGUAAAAAGGAUUUUAACACAUCGCAGAAAAUAUAUUUGUCUCACGUUAGGAGAAUCCCAUGUCCCAGGUAUUGUUCCUCGUACCAUAUUGGUGAAAAGCUUUGGCAUGAUGCUGCAAAACUCACUUCUCCCUCGUUUUCUUUUAUUCUAUUUCGGUGAAUGUAAAGAUAUAUUUUCCUCAGAUCUACUUUUCUCCAUGUUCCGGUUUGGAUGGAAAAUGAGUCUGUAUACCAUUUCUAAUGAACCAUCCUCUGAAAACCGAAACCUGCGGACGACCUUUAUGGUGGUUGUUGAGAAAGAUAAUGGUGUUUCUGUUCCAAUGAUAUCAUCAUUUAUGGAUAAAUACUCUGUUGAAUCUCACGGUACUCAGGCUCAUGGAUUCUACAAAGCAUUUGAAAGAGAACAAAAAUUUCGAUCAGAAUUAUACACAUUGAAAGACCUGAAUCUUGGAAACCUUACAGACUUCGAACCAGGUCGUACGGUGAAGCUUAUUUUAGGUGACAAAGGACCCCGUUUUUAUAAGGGUAUACUUGUUGAUGCUGAGGAACAAUCUGCAACUAUCCCACAACAAUUUGCUGUGUUCGUCGUUCCAAGUACACGAGUUGAUGACUGGUUCUUUUCAUCAGAAGAAGGACUAAUGCGCUUUGCCGCAUAUUUGAAGGCUGCUAGGUCACUGAUUAUUUUACUAGAUUCAAGCAAUUUUUAUGCUUCUAUGGAGCUUAUCGAGAUGGAUCUCACUCAUUUAGUCAGGCAAUUGGUUCUAGGAUGUUGUGGUUUUGAAUUUCAAAUUACGUUUAUGACUGCAAAUGAAGUGCUUAAGGAUCAAGUUAUUGUACACCAGGUUACAUCUGGUUUGACGGGUACAAUUGUUGUAGACGAAGUAGUCUACCUUAAGGACCAGGGUCGGAAUGAUGAUGAUGAUCUUAAUUGUAAAAUAGAAGAUGUUGUUUUCCGCCGCCUUACUUUCGAAAGAACCCAUGGAGUGGUGCAAUCAAAAGCUCUUUUAUCGAGUGAAGCAAAGGAAAACAAAAUGCAAUCGGAAGCCCUUUUAUCGAGUGAAGUAGAGGAAAAGAAAGUGCAGACUCCUUCAAAAACCAAGAAGAAAGGACAGAAGAGGAAACCUGGAAGUAGUAGUGGCAGAGCAUCAAGUGAUGAAGGGAAAGUUGAUCACAACUAUUUGGCACAUACGUACCACAAUAUAAUUAUUUCUGGAUUGAUGCUGAUUUCUCCUCGUCUGAAAGGAUCUAGCUCCACUGGGGCUAUGGUGGAAACAGUGGUUAUCGGUCUUGGAGCAGGAUUGCUUCCUAUGUUUAUGAAGAAUUGGCUACCUACUCUAAAUAUUGAGGUUGUUGAGGUAGAUCCUGUGGUUUUGGAUGUUGCUCAAAAAUAUUUCGGUUUUACAGAAGAUGGACGAUUAAGGGUACGUAUUGCUGAUGGACUUCAAUUUGUGAGGGAGAAAGCAGAUUCUGAGGCAGAAGGAGAAUCCUCUUGCAGCAAACUUGACAUACUUAUAGUUGAUGUGGACUCACCAGAAUUAAGUUCUGGCUUGACCUGUCCUUCAGCAGAUUUUGUUGAGGAAUCUUUUCUUCAGAACGCAAAAAACUCGCUUUCCGAGGAAGGUCUAUUCGUCAUUAAUGUGGUAUUUCACUCCCCAACCGUGAAAGUUGCAAUACAUUCGAGUUUAAAGAAGGUAUUUGGGAAAAGCCUCCUCUUCCUCCAGCUGCUUGAACAUGAUUCCCAUGAAGUAAUUUUUGCCCUGAAGAACGAGUCUCCGAUCACGGAGGAAGAUAUUUCUACAGCUUGUGAUAAUCUCGAAAAAUCAUUAGAAGUGGUCAACCACAAGUGGACCCAAAGAGUCGUAAAGGCAUCAAAAUUGAUUCGCCCAUUAAGAUGAAUAACAGAGCAAGUAUUGUUGAUGGAAAAAUUUGAGUGCGAAGUUUCUUUGUGUGUUUGAACAUUGAACUAUGUGUCGAGAAGCUAAUUGUGUACAUAUGAAUUUUGAAAGAUUUUUGCAUCCUUAAUUAGGUGGCAGGGAUGAAAGAUCGGAGGCUAAGACCGGGUGGAUAACGAGAUCGGAAAAUGUACAUAAAAAUUGAUUGAUUUUCUUGUUACCUGCUUAUGAGGUUGUAGCUUCUGA